CUAAACCUUAUCCCUCCAAAACCCCAAUUUUCCUCUGCACCAAGCAAUUAUCUUUCAUCUUCCAACUUCAAAUUCACUCUCACCUCCUUCUUCCUCUUCUCCUUCUUCUCUUCACUCUGCACCCUCUCUCAGAGCAGCGACAUGUUCACUUCUUCAACCCCCACUUCCCUCCGCACCCCAAUCCUUCAUCACCCACUUCCCUCCUCACCCUUCCGUACCAACUUCUCCCCUCUCACCCUCCCACCUUUCCACCGCACCCUCUCCUUCCUUCCCCCUCCGCCGCUCCUCCCGGCGGUGCCCGCCAUCUCGACCGCCGCGAAGGCGGACAAGUCCGGCGAGCAGAAGUGGGUCCACGAGGGCCUUAUCAUGGAGUCCCUCCCCAACGGCAUGUUCCGUGUUCGCCUCGACAACGAGGACCUCAUCCUUGGCUACAUCUCCGGCAAAAUCCGAAAAAAUUACGUUCGAAUCCUCCCCGGUGACAGGGUUAAGGUGGAGGUCAGCCGCUACGACUCCUCCAAAGGACGCAUCGUUUAUAGGCUUCGCUCCAGCACCCCCUCCUAAUACACCCACAACCUGUUUCAAAAAUUCACCAACACAACGAGUACGCAUAGUCAUUGCUGUAUAAAAAAGUUGCAAAAAAGAAAAUAAUGAUAAUGCUUCGUUCUGUGAUUUGCUGCUAUUAAUUUCGUUUUAGUUUCUUCUUUUGAGUCACUCUUGUCUUGUUGGUUGUCAUUAUAGUGGGCAGUAUUUUCGAUUCCCAAUCCUUGAUGCUGCGGGAAAUUACAGAAAAUUACAGACCAAUGUGAUAACAUUGUGGAGGCCCCGAAAACACUGUCAGUGCCAUAAGAUAUUGCGGUUCCAGACCCUUUUUUUUAACCUCCAGUGAUAUGUUUGUGGUGAAAUUGGGUUUCUUUGCAUUAAUUGAAGCUUCUGUUUUAGUGUUUAAAACCGUAAAGGUUAAUCAUUUUAGUCUAUAUCAUCGUUUUAGCUUCUGACUUGGAAAAGGUUCAUUCGUUGUUACAAGAUUUUCUGAUAGGAGGCAAUAUGUAAAACUUUAAGUUAGUUUGUUAGCUACCCUUAGCUUCGUUUUCUGAUUAUGCUGCACUUCAAUUCAAAUCUUUAUUAGGUGAAUUAGUGAGAGGAGAUUUCAGUAGUGUGCCUUGAUAGAAUGAAAAAGAAAAGGAAAAGGGAUCUUUUGAUGCAGAAUUGCCUUGCCGAAUGUGUAGCAGUACGGUGUACCUUUAUGAUAAACUUGAAAGGGUCAGUUUUUCUUCUACUGC